UUGUAUAAAGAAAACAUUUAACUCUGUUCCGAAUUCUCAAAAGAGGAGUUUGUACUGGUUUCUGGGAUUUUGCUUUUCCUUUUGAGAAUUGGGAACAGAGAUAUGUAAUAAAUGUAAAUGUUAUAAUUAAUUGUUUGAGAUUAAUGUACGUCUGUCCUUGCCCUCCAACGGAUGGCCGUCAGAACAGGUUCCGGAUAGGUAGGGGCGAACUAUAGUGUGUUUAUUCGAAUUGUUUACAAACGCAACGUAAAGAAUUUGGUCGUUGCCCGUGUAGGUAUUUAUUUGUACAGUUACAUUUAAGGAGAAAUAGGGUUGAAUAUUAAUUAGUGAAGAAACAGAAUGCCACUUCCAGCUGCUUUAGCCGCACGACUUGCGAAAAGGGGACUCAUUUCUGGAUCAGAGAAACACGAAUUGUCAAAGAAGGAGGCAAAAAAGAGGGUUCACGAAGAAGUAAUUGCCGAGGACUAUGACAGUGCGAAAGAUGAUAUUAGUCAAAUCGACAUUUCUCAAAAAUUUAUGGGAUACAAUGGUUGCCCCAACAAGUAUAAUAUUUAUCAUGACUGCACAAAAAAGUGUAAGGAGUUAUGGGGACUUGGACAUGUGCAACCCUCUGACAAAUAUUUGAAGAAACAGAUGAGGCUUAUACAAAAAUAUCCUCUACCAGAGACCUGGAAAGCGGUAUAUGACCCUGGCUGUGGUCAACAUUAUUAUUGGGAUUGGUCAUCAGAUUUGGUAGCUUGGUUACCACCGGGACAUCCUAAAUGUCAAAUAUCACAGCCAGCUUCUCAAUUGAGAGAGGAACUGCACCUCAAAGCAGCAGAGCAAGAUGAUAAUUUGUCCAGUGACGAUAGUGGUAGCGAUCAAGAACAAGCAGAAGUGGAUGAACCAGAAACAAAGAAAGAUAGAAAAAUAGAGAACAGGCCAAAAUAUAAACCAGGGGACAAUAAAAGAAAUCAAAGAUUGGAGAGGUCCGAUAAUAAGGACAAAAAGGACCGCACUCUCGAUCCCAUGGAUCCGGCAUCUUACAGUGAUAUCCCAAGGGGCAAAUGGUCGGAUGGUUUAGCAAGACAUAACGAAGCGAAAACGGGAGCCGACACAACUGCCUCGGGACCGCUUUAUCAAAUGAGACCAUAUCCUAGUCCAGGCGCAGUACUUAGAUCCAACAGGGCGAACAAAUCGGAAUCAGAAUCGACCAAUAAACCUAAAGUAUCGGGGCCCGAGAAACCAGAAUAAAAGCUUUAAUUUUUC